UUUGCUGGCUAUUCUUUUUCCUCAGGUUAAGUCGACUGUCUGUCUUUAAUUUUUGCUUCUAAACUUGUGUUAAACGUUUACUGUGUGUCCGUGUUUGUGUCUCAUUUGUAUUGUCUUGUCCCUGUCUUUGUUCAAGUAACUCCCAGUAUGGGACAAAGCCAUUCCAUGCCUCUGUCCCUGACUCUUGAUCAUUGGACGGAUGUCCGUUCAAGGGCCAAAAAUCUUUCUUUUUCAGUGAAACGCCGGACCUGGCAGACACUCUACGCUUCAGAAUGGCCCACCCUCGGAGUUGAAUGGCCCCCAGGAGGGUCCUUCCACCUCCCUUUAAUCCGUAAAGUCAGAGAUACUGUCUUUCAGCCAGGGCCGCAUGGCCAUCCAGAUCAACAGCCAUAUGUUUUAACCUGGCAGGACCUCUGUGAGUUUCCUCCCAUAUGGGUGAAGCCUUUCCUUGUCCCAACUCCUGUUCCAAUCUCUUCCCCCACGAUCCUAUCACUCAAACCUUCCGAUCCUCCCCCUCGUCCCUCUGUUCUCCCUGAGUCACAGGAUUUAACUUUACUGGACCCACCCACACCUCCUUAUCCUCUACCCAUCCCUCCCGGGGACUUCCCCACAGCAGUGGCAAUGGCAGCAGCAGCAGCAGCAGCCCCUCCCCCACCAGAAGAACCUGGACCGGCUAAAGGAACCCGCAGGUGGCGGAUAAUGGAGAACUCGGAAGCCCCUGUGAUGCUUCCUCUUCGUCCCUAUGGGCCCACAAUAAAUGAUGGGCAUGGGGGAGAGAUGCAGGCUUACCAAUACUGGCCUUUCUCCUCCUCAGAUCUAUACAUCUGGAAAAAUAACAAUCCCCCUUUUUCUGAGGACCCCACCCGGCUUACAGGUUUAGUUGAGUCGCUGAUGUUCUCACACCAGCCCACUUGGGAUGACUGCCAACAGCUUCUGGGGACUCUCUUCACAACAGAGAAACGGGAGAGAAUCCUCUUGGAAGCCAGAAAGAAUAUUCUUGGACCAGAUGGGAGACCAACCCAACUUCCUAACAUCAUUGAAGCUGGCUUCCCCUUAAACCGACCCAACUGGGACCCUAACACCUUUGAAGGUAGGGAGCAUCUGUCCACCUACAACCAGGCUUUUGUAGUGGGUGUCCUAGUGGCCGCUAGGCGGCCAACUAAUUUGGCCAAGGUAAGAGAGAUUAUUCAGGGACCCAAUGAAUCUCCCUCCAUGUUUCUGGAGAGAAUUAUGGAAGCAUAUAGGAGAUACACUCCCUUUGAUCCUCAGGCAGAGGACCAAAAGGCAUCCGUUGCAAUGGCUUUUAUUGGGCAGGCUGCCCUAGAUAUUAAGAGAAAGUUACAACGUUUAGAUGGACUAUAAGAUUUGACCUUAAGAGAUUUAGUCAGAGAGGCUGAGAAAGUAUAUUAUAAGAGAGAAACUGAGGAAGAGAAGGAACAGAGAAAGGAGAAGGAAAGGGAACACAGGGAAGAUGAGAGAAACAUAAGGCAGACUAAAGCAUUGGCUAAGGUCCUGGUCACAGCCACAGAUAGGCCAGAAGUUAGAAAGCAGGGAGACAGGAAGAGAUACCUGGGCCCAUGCCAAAGGCUGUCCCUGGCCUCAGAUCAAUGUGCCUACUGUAAAGAAAAAGGACACUGGGCCAAAGAGUGCCCCAAAAAGAAGCAGUUACACCAGCCAGCCAUGCUGACUCUAGAAGAUGACUAGGAAAGUCGGGGCUCGGAUCCCCUCCCCGAGCUCAGGGUAACUUUUGAAGUGGAGGGGAUCCCAGAGAACUUUGAAGUAGAUACAGGAACAGUAUAUUCAGCCCUCAAGGCCCCACUGGGCCCUCUAUCUAAUAAAAGAUCCUUAGUUCAAGGGGCUAAUGGCAGUAAAUAUUGGGCUUGGACAAUAAAGAGGACAAUGGACCUAGGAAGGGGAAAAGUCCACCAUUCUUUCCUAGUAAUCCCAGAAUGCCCGGCCCCAUUAAUGGGCAGGGACCUACUCACCAAGCUCCGGGCUAAAAUAACCUUUAACCCUGAUGGUCCCCAAGUGGAGUUUCUAAACCCUUUAGUAAAGACCCCCAUAGUCACGGCUCUGACUAUGUCAGUAGAAGAUUAACAUCAACUCUUCACGGCCCCUGGAUCCGAUCAAACAGGUAGACUACCCCAGAGAUAGAUAAAAGAUUAUCCUGAUACCUGGGCAGAAACUUCUGGGUUAGGUCUGGCCAUAAGACAACCUCCAAUAGUAGUAGAAUUAAAAGCCUCUGCCUCUCCAAUCAGUGUUAAACAAUAUCCUCUAAGCAAAGAAGCUAGGGAUGGGAUAAGAUCCCAUAUUCAGAAAUACCUGGCUCUUGGGGUCCUAAGGCCCUGUCAAUCGGCCUGGAAUACCCCCCUGUUACCAGUAAGAAAGCCAGGAACUGGGGACUACCAUCCUGUUCAAGACCUGAGAGAGAUCAACAACAGAGUGCAGGACAUUCACCCCACGGUGCCUAAUCCAUAUAAUUUGCUUAGCACUCUGAAUCCGGAGCGGAUAUGGUACACUGUGCUGGACUUAAAAGAUGCUUUCUUCUGCUUGCCCCUACAUAAGGACAGUCAGUUGUUGUUUGCUUUCGAAUGGAUAGACCCAGAAAUAGGAACAUCUGGCCAACUAACCUGGACUAGACUCCCACAGGGGUUCAAAAACUCCCCCACUCUCUUUGAUGAAGCUCUCCACAAGGACCUCAACAACUUCAGAAUUACACACCUCGAAGUCACCCUACUCCAAUAUGUGGAUGAUCUUCUGCUGGCAGCCAACACCAAGGAGAACUGUGAGUCUGGGACACAAGCACUAUUAUCUGAGCUUGCUCAGCUUGGAUAUAGGGCUUCUGCCAAAAAGGCCCAAAUUUGUCAACAAGAAGUAAUCUUCCUGGGUUAUUCUCUUAGGGGUGGCAAAGGAUGGCUUACUGAGCCUAGAAAACGAACUGUUGUGCAGAUACCGCCCCCAUCUGAUAAGAGACAGCUCAGAGAGUUUCUUGGGACUGCCGGCUUUUGUAGGUUAUGGAUUCCUGGGUUUGCGUCUUUGGCAGCCCCUCUAUACCCAUUGAUAAAGGGGGAUGCCCAAUUCCAAUGGACCCCUGAACACCAACAGGCUUUUGAUAAUAUCAAAAAGGCACUGCUAUCUGCCCCGGCCUUGGCACUCCCAGAUGUAGAAAAACCCUUCACUCUCUACAUCGAAGAAAAGAAAGGAAUAGUGCCAAAAGCAGCAUCAGCCGCGGAGGCCACCUCCGCAGUUGCGGCCCUUUUAAAAGAAAAACAGAGGCCCUUCGGCUGCAGUGUAGCCCUUUCGGGCACCCGCUUCCGGCAGCGAGCCGCAGAGUGA